AUGUUCAGGUCCAAACGCUCAGGGCUGGUGCGGCGACUUUGGAGGAGCCGCGUCAUUCCGGACAGGGACGGCGGAGAUGGGAGCGCCAGGAGCGGCCACGACCUCGGAGCCACCGGUAGUUUCAAGAUCCCGGAGAAAAACCCCUCGGCGGAGAUCCGCGCGGUAGCGCGCAGCCUGCUGCGGGAGGCGGAGGAGCGGCGCGGCGGGGCGGCGGGCGAGGCGGCUCCCCGCGGGGACCCCAUGGCGGAACGGCGCGGGGCCCGGCUCCGCGCCCCGCCGCGGCGGGAGAGCGCCGAGGGGGCGAGCCCGCGGCGGGCGCAGGAGAGCGACGGCCGGACGGUGACCUGCUGCCUCUUCAAGGAGCGGGAGCCGGGCGGCCCCCAGCCCCGCCGCCGCCGCGCCACCGCCGCCGUCGUCGCCCUCCCCAGCCCCGACGGCGGGACCGACGGCGGCUCCCCGGAGCGGCGGGGCCGGGAGGCGCGGUCGCGGCUGCUGCUGCUGGAGCAGGAGCUGAAGGCCGUCACCUACUCGCUGCUGAAGCGGCUGAAGGAGCGCUCGCUGGACAGCCUGCUGGAGGCGGUGGAGUCCCGCGGGGGCAUGCCCAGCGGCUGCGUGCUGGUGGCCCGCACCGAGGUGCGCCUGGGGGGCCAGGCGGCGCCCCCCCACCUGCUCCUGGGCAAACUCUUCCGCUGGCCCGACCUGCAGCACCCCGCCGAGCUGAAGCCCCUCUGCGAGUGCCAGAGCUUCGGCGUCGCCGACGGACCCACCGUCUGCUGCAACCCCUACCACUUCAGCCGCCUCUGUGGGCCAGAGUCUCCACCACCUCCCUACUCUCGGCUGUCUCCUAAUGAUGAGCAAAAGCCACUGGAUCUAUCAGAUUCCACGUUGUCUUACACUGAAACAGAGGCUACAAACUCACCCAACGUCACGCCCGGAGACUUCUCAGGUUGGCAGAUGUUUGCGCCUUCCCGCACGCGUGAUGCCAGUACGUCGCCCGAUGCCGUGAAGAGGAGCCAUUGGUGCAACGUGGCCUAUUGGGAGCACCGGACGCGCGUCGGCCGCCUCUACACAGUGUACGAACAGUCUGUCAGUAUAUUUUAUGACCUACCUCAAGGAAACGGCUUCUGCCUCGGACAGCUAAACCUGGAAAACAGGAGCGAGACUGUGAGAAGGACUCGAAGUAAAAUCGGCUACGGGAUUUUACUUAGCAAAGAACCAGACGGUGUGUGGGCUUACAACCGCAGCGAGCAUCCCAUCUUCGUCAACUCCCCGACACUGGACAUCCCCAACUGUAGGACUUUGAUAGUGCGCAAGGUGAUGCCGGGCUAUUCCAUCAAGGUGUUUGACUACGAGAAGUCUUGCCUCUUGCAGCACACGGCCGAUCUGGAUUAUGCGGAUGGGCCCUACGACCCGAACAGCGUGCGGAUUAGCUUCGCCAAAGGCUGGGGGCCGUGUUACUCGAGACAGUUUAUCACGUCAUGUCCUUGUUGGCUGGAGAUUUUACUCAGUAACAAUCGAUAACGGUCAGCCUCUGACAAAAGGAAAAAGAAAAAAAAGACACAGACUAUCCCAAAUAUCAUCUACCUAGAUUUAAUAUAAAGUUUUAUAUAUUAUAUGAAAAUAUAUAUUAUACUUGUAAUUAUGGAGUCAUUUUUACAAUGUAAUUAUUUAUGUAUGGUGCAAUGUGUAUAUGGACAAAAAACAGAAAAUGCACUUUGGCUUAUAUAAUUCUUUCAAUACAGAUUUUUUUAAAAAAGAAAAAUUAUACAGCAAAAAUAGGAGAAAGCCCUAAUUUUGAUGUAUGGUUUUUUGAAAUAUUAUUAAUACCCAGACAAAAAGCUAAUACCAGUCACUCAUUGAUAAUAAAGU